AGUUUUGGUUGUGGCCAGUCGAAUGCAGCUAGCUGCGCUGGGUGCAUUUGCACCUGAGCCCGCCAUGAAAGUCUGCUCCUCCAGAUCAACCUUGUUGAGCGAAAUUGCGCCAUCCUAUGUUCCAGGCUUUCCGCCUUUGUUACAGGAUGCAGAUAAUUGCACUUUGGUGGUCAUAUUUCCACGCAGUCGCCGCGACGGAGGUGAGGUGGAUGGCAGCACCAUGGUGGACAUGCCAUUCACGAAAGCGCAGAAGAUUUUCCGUACCCACUGCCCAAGUAGUGACGCGACGCUCCAGCGGCUGGAGCACAUUGAGAGCGACGAUGAGUCCAUCUCAAUGGAGAUGUUCCAGCAGGACAUCCGCAGCAGAUUUGUUGAGAUCCUCUCUGACUCUGGUCUUCAUUCCAGCCAGUUUGCCAGUAUAGACCGGGACGAGGAUUUUCUGAAGAUCUGGUUGCCGCUAGAUGGGCCCGUGAUCGAGUACAUGGCUGAGGUGUUGAAGUAUAGCAUGCCUUUGAGGGAGUCUGUGUACGAAACCAUCGAAGCCCGCGAGCCGUUUCCAGGAGGGGAGCCCAUGGAAAACGCGGACGCGGAGCGGGUGGUGGCCUUCUCCGAGUUCACCGCAGCAGAGAAGAGCAGCUUCCAGGACUUCCGCCAGGUGGAUGGCAUACGGAUGCUGCACCAUUGGUUGCUGGAGUGGGUGAGCCUGCAGGAGAUGGAACGGCAGGGGGUGAUCAGCUGCCACUUCCCCUGCCCCAACGUGGAGGAGCUCUCGCAGAUCCACAAUGCGGUCCUGGCCCCAAACAAAUGGCUGAAGUUGUCCUUCCAGUCUUCAAGCAUCCUCCUGCGUCACUAUUUCGGUGAGGAGAUCGCCUUCUACGGGCGGUUUGUUUAUCACUUCAUCGCCGGGCUCCUGGUGCCAGGCGUUGCUGGCCUGGUUUUUGUCGCUUUUCACAUGUUGGUGGAGGAGCCAAUAUAUGAUCAUGCCAGGAGCUUUUGUUGCGUGCCCCUGUCUAUCUGGGCCGCGACGUUUCUCCACACCUUCGAGCGCAAGACCGCGCGGGUGAAGCAGCUCUGGGGCGUGGAGGAGAGGGAAGCCCGCGAGACCCCGAACCCCGACUAUGACCCCAACCACACGGGCGAGUGCGGGAAAGUGCUCUCCAGUUUGAUCACCAUCAUCUUUGUGAUGAUUUACGUUUCGUUGAUUUCUGCAGUGCUGGCGUGGCAAUUCAAUCAGCCUGAGUCAAAGUUUUUCUAUCAAAGUUCGUCGAUCAUCAUCAGCAUCGUGAUCAAGGCUGGGAAUUUCCUUUGGACGCACCUGGCUCCGAUGGUCGUUCAGUUGGAGAACCACCGGACCAUCAAGGGCUCUGACGACAAGCUUGCGCUGCUUCUGGCUGGUGUGAAGCUGUUCCUGGCGAACUUCCCUUUUUUCUAUUCCUGCUUUUUGACCAACAUUGCAGAGAUCAAGUGUGGGGACACCUUUGAUGAGGUGGCCGGGAGGGUUUGGCCUGGCUUCAAUGAGAGUCUGCUGGAUCCUGGCGUAAAAGAUGCCCUGUUGAUGUACACCUUCCAGAAGCCACCACUAUAUCGAGCACGUUCAAAGGAAUCAAUCUGCGUGAAAGGCUGCUUUCCAGUCCAUUGGCAGCAUGCCCACAAGUACUCGCGGACAAAUUGUGACUAUGACGUGGUUGCCAACCUGCUCACGUACUUUAUGUUCCUUUUGGGCAUUGAACUAUUUUUCCUAGUGUUGCCAAUUGUGAUUGCGCACUGGGAAAUUCACAAGGAGUACAGCCGGGUGCGCAACAACCUUGGGGACGAGGAUCUGCCGGCCUACUCGGUCCUGCAGCUGGAGGCGAAAAAGUUCAAGUACUGCUUCAACUCCUGGGGCGGCGAUCGCGUGAACGACUGGCUGGAUAUGGCCAUCUCGUACUCUAUUGUCGCCUGCUGGGGCUGCCUUUGUCCCACCAUUGCGGCCCUCGCGCUGAUUGCGAUGUAUGUGUCCCUCCACCUGCGGGUCUACAGGAUGCUCUACGUGACCCGAAGGCCGGUGCCUCAUGCCAGCGCUGGCCUGGGCAUUUGGCUACCAAUCUUCGCGACCAUCAACACCUGUGCCGUGUCCUGCAACGUCGGGCUGGGCGCCAUGUUUUUCGAGCCCAUGCGGAACUUCACCUUUGGGCAGCAGCUCUUUAUUUUCCUGGUGGCGGAGCAUGCGCUGCUGCUGCUGCAAGCCACGGUGUCCUUCUUCAUCCCAGAGCAGCCCUCCGACGUGAACAAUAUCAAAUAUUUCAACCACCACGUGUUGGGCGAGUUCAGUCGCCAAAGGAGCGCGGUGCGGCUGCGGCCCCCGCCAAAGAGGCCGAUGAAUCACAUCAACUUGGCACUGCAUCCCGAACCUAGUGAUGAUUCCAGCUUUGAAACGGAUUGUUCAGGGGGAUGCUGAUAAUUGUUUUGACCAAGGGGAGAAACCGGUCCGAUCA